CCGGACUAUAAAAGUUAAACCCGGUGGCCCACAUACUAUGGUACCAUUCAAAGAGUCUAUAUCAGAAGAGUCGGAUUCUGCUAAUUAGAUGCGUAAAAGAAGAAUUAUGGAGGACACUUUCAGUGCUACCAACAAGACGAACAAGUCGAUGUUGCUACCAACCUAAAAAAUGAAUCUGGCAAUCUCACCACCUCACCAAUGGUACCAAAACGAUUUUUUAAUUAUGAAAUGAUAAGACCCAGCAUCAAACAAUCCCAGGCCUAAUCCUGGUUCUUUUCCGUUCUUCUCCUUCCCACACUUUGUCGCUCAUAGAAUGCAUUAGAAAGAUAUUUUUGGCACCCCUAAACCUGCCAAGGAAAGACCUCUCUGAUUUCUGAUGAUAUUUGACUGAUCUUAUAACAAUGACAACUAUGACCUAAAAGUCUAUGUUACUAGGUCAUAAAAUUAAAAAAAGCAAUGACAACUGUCAGCUGUCAAUUAUUUUUGUUUAUAUUAUUACUUUUUGAAAAACAACAAUGUUCAUCAAGAUAUACUAAAAUACUAAAAGUGAACGUACUGUUUCAUCAUGAAUUGGAACAAAUUACUCUGCAAUCGCAAUGAACUGCAAUUACUCGGCACUUUGAAUGGCGGUCAAAGUUUCAGAUGGACCCAUAAUGAAGACAAGGAUGAAUGGACGGGUAUAUUUAGUAAAACUGUAUGGAAAUUAAAACAAAGUGAAGACUUUUUACAUUACCAAAUAAUCGGUUCAUUAAAAAAACUUCCGGAAACGAAAACGAGUAAAGGUGCGAAUGAAUCAAAUUUUGAGAUGAUGCUGAAAAAGUAUUUUCGUCUGGAACUACCAUUAACAAAAUACUAUGAGGAAUGGUCUGAAAAAGAUGCAUUAUUCAAGACAGCUUGUAAACAAUUUUAUGGUAUUAGAAUGCUUGCACAGGAGCCAAUUGAGAAUCUUUUUUCUUUUAUUUGCAGUCAAAAUAAUCAUAUUUCAAGAAUAUCAAGUAUGGUAGAAAAAUUAUGUACAUUUUAUGGUGAAGAAAUAUGUGAAUAUGAUGGAGUAAAAUAUUAUUCAUUCCCUGAUGUCAACAAGUUGUCAGGGUCACAGGUGGAACAAAAGUUACGUGAGCUUGGUUUUGGGUAUCGGGCGAAAUUUAUACAAAAGUCAGCCGCACAAAUUGUUGAAUGGGGCGGUGAGGAAUGGUUUGACACAUUGCAGAACAUGAAAUAUAAAGAUGCCAGACAAGAACUUAUGAAACUGUGCGGCAUAGGACCUAAGGUAGCUGAUUGCAUAUGUUUAAUGUCGUUAAAUCAUCUGGAAGCAUUACCAGUUGAUACUCACGUGUAUCAGAUAGCAGCACACAAUUACUUACCGCAUCUGAGGGGAAAGAAAAAUGUUACCGAUAAAAUGUAUACAGAGAUUGGUGAUUAUUUUAGACAUCUUUACGGUGACAUGGCAGGUUGGGCUCAUACGGUAUUAUUUUGUGCGGAUUUAAAAAAGUUUCAAACUAAUGACACAUCAGAUAUAGAUAACAGUAAACCAAAGAAGAAAAGAAAAAAAUAAUACAU